AUGGACAAAUUAAUGAACUGCCUCCGCUUCUUCCUGCUGCCACUUCUUCUUCUGCUUGCACUCAUAUGUUCGUCGCAUCACGGCCAUGUUGCAGCCUCCAAAGCAACCGUCGAAUACCUUCCUGGAUUCCAGGGCCGACUCCCAUUUUACCUCGAGACCGGGUAUAUUGGAGUUGGGGAAGCUGCAGAGCUGUUCUACUACUUUGUGAAGUCAGAAGGGAAUCCUGAAGCUGACCCUCUCCUUCUCUGGCUCACCGGCGGCCCUGGCUGCUCUGCCUUCUCUGCUCUUACCAUGGAAAUUGGUCCCAUCAAGUUCCAAGUACCAGUAGCGGGACACAACGGGAGCUUGCCAAAUCUGAACCUCAACCCAUUUUCCUGGACUAAGUUUUCGAGCAUCAUAUUUCUGGACUUGCCUGUUGGGACUGGAUUCUCUUACACAACAAACCCAUCUCCUGAUGAUCAUCCAAGUGACCAGGUUCAAGUUUCUCAAGCUGCAGAGUUCAUCAGAAAGGGCUACAUACUUGGAAACCCAGCAACAAGUAGUGAAAUUGAUAAGAACGCCCGAAUCCCAUACGCACAUGGAAUGGCACUCAUUUCUGAUGAACUCUACAAGUCACUUCUCAAAAGCUGCAAGGGAGAGUACAUCACAGUUGAACCUACCAACUUGGAAUGUAAGAACAAUCUAAAGGCUUUCUCUGAGUGUGUCUCAGGUAUAAACACACUUAGCAUACUGUAUCCAGAAUGCAAUUUAGAGCCAGCAAAAAUGCCAGUGGAGAUUGCUGCCCUAAGAAGAAGAAUGUUGCAGGACGAUUCUCAGCUGUUAUCGACCGUUGAUCCGCCUAAGCUCGACUGUAACGAUGACACCAAUCUAAUGGUCUACAAACAUUGGGUCAACGACGAACUCGUCCAGAAAGCGCUUCACAUAAGAGAGGGGACGAUAGCGGAGUGGAAGGUUUGUAAUCGUCGGUCGGAUUACGAACAUGAUAUUUCUACCAGUGUAGUGUAUCAUGUCAACCUUUCAAUCAAGGGUUAUCGUUCAUUGAUCUACAGUGGAGAUCACGAUAUGGUAAUACCGUAUAUUGGAACACAAGCCUGGAUUCGAGCUCUCAAUUACUCCAUCGUGGAGGACUGGAGAUCAUGGCACGUGGAAGGUCAAGUUGCAGGGUAA